AUGGCUGAAUACUGGAAGUCAGCACCUCGCGUCUGGUGCAAACAAUGCAAGAUCUUCAUUCGCGACACGCCAUUCGAGAAGACCCAACAUGAAGCCAGUCCAAAACACCAAAGUAGCCUCAAGCGCUUUCUUCGCGACAUCCACAGAAACAAUGAACAACAACAGAGAGAGACACAGCGAGCGAAAAGUGAGGUUGAACGGUUACGACAGGCUGUCGCAGGCGGUCCCUCGAAAAGCGAUCCCAAUGCCCCUGCGCCGUGGAAGAAGACCGCCGCUCCAGCACCCAAACCCGCUGAUCGACCGGUCAGCAUGGAGGAGCGAAAGAAACAAAUGGCGCAGCUGGCGGAAAUGGGAAUAGCGAUCCCGGAGGAAUAUCGCGGGGAUAUGGCCUUGGCUGGUGAAUGGCAGACGCUCUCGGAGACCAAGAUUGAGGAUGUGGAGGGCGCUGCAAAGUCUAUUGGAGUUCGCAAGCGCAAGCAUGAUGGGGAAGAGGAGGACGAGGAAGAUGAGGGUGGAAAUCCCUCCGAACGACUUAACGUCGAUGAUGAGGACCUGGAUGCUCUACUUGCGUCUACCAAGGACUUGAAGAAGUCAAAGAUCCCGCCUACAGAUUCAGACUUGGAAGAGUCAAAACCGAUUGAAGAGCAGAAGCCGGAGCUUGAUUCAUCUGUCAAGAAAGAGGAAGAGGCCGCGCAAUCCAAAGACCAGGAGACCGACAGCUCCACCCAGGUUAAGACGGAAGAACCUGGCAUUCUACCUGUCCCACCGAGCGAUGAGAAGCCGCCAGUGGAAGACGCACCUGGGCCUGUGUUCAAGAAGCGCAAGGCCAAGGUUAUGAGGAAGUAA